CAGGGAUGAUCUUUCUGUGACGCUCGGUGUGACGGAGGCUGGAGGAGGACGCCGCCGCUCCGCGCUGCUCCUCACACCGACUCGUCUCGUUCUCUCAGCGGCCGCUCGGGCAGCACCAACCCCGGAGGGAUGGAGGCAGCCGGCGCGUACGGCGCCAGGAAGGCCGGGAGCGUCCGCUUCGACCCAGUCGCCUUCUUCACGCAUCCCCGCACCAUCCUCCGCCUUCUGUCCUGGGUCUUCUCCAUCGUGGUGUUCAGCUGCAUCGUGAACGAGGGCUACAUCAACAUCGGCAGCGAGCGUUUGCUCUGCGUCUUCAACAACAACGCAGACGCCUGUAACUACGUCGUUACCGUGGGCGUGGCCUGCUUCCUUGGCAGUGUCUGCUUCCUGGUUCUGGAUGUUUACUUCCCCUCCAUGAGCAACAUCAAGGACMGAAAGCGUGCUGUGAUGUUGGACCUCAUCUUCUCUGGCCUGGCCAGUUUCCUGUGGUUUGUUGGCUUCUGUUUUCUGGCCAAUCAGUGGCAAGCGACGUCUCCAGAUGAGCUCCCAUUGGCCCAGGGCGCGGAUGCUGCCAGAGCCACUAUCGCCUUCAGCUUCUUUUCUAUUCUCACCUGGGCCGUUCUGACUCUGAGCGCCCUUCGACGCUUCUUAACUGGCAGCAACACAAACUUAUUCACUUGGCAACACCUAGAGCCGGCCCCGAGCCACGCCCGAGCCACUCCGUACCCCAUCCCCAACGGUGCCACCAUCAUAACCACCAACCCCUACCAGGCCCCGCCGUUCACCGAAACCCUGGACCCCCAGAAGCUCACGCAGCAAAGACCCGCGGCUCCUGCUUUUUAGGAAACGUUCAGAAGAAAGCGGAGACGUGAUCGGAACGAGGCUGCAUGCGGCGCAGGAGCAGACAAAUCUCCGCCUCGCUGUUUGUAAGGUUUUCACGUCCUCUCCGGGGUGGGGGGAGGGGCAGCAGGAUUCUGGGUCAUGUGAUGUUAGAGCUCUUUUCACCAUGGUAACUGCCAGCGAAGCUUAGUUAGUCGUAACUCCAUGUCAAGAAUACCGUCUUCUGUUCACGCACACACAAAUAUCAAUGCACGCAGCCGUACUCUCUGAACACCUGGAAGCAGUUACACAUGCACACCUGGAAACACGUGUAGAUACUCUUGGAGGUGCACACACACACGCGCACCUUGACUGCAUGUUGAUGUGGUGAAGUGCAGAUUAACACAGAUUGCUCCAUCUUGCCUUAAGAAGGCGACACGAGGGGGGAGACGUGGAAGACGGAGAAGCUGAGAACCCGUCCUAAUCACCCUGACCAGUUUGCCUUAGAGACACGAGGCCACGUAUCGRCUGAAAUUCAGUCAGCUUGACCCUCAGAUUGUGAACUUGCAGAAGGCAGGAACACAAAGGCAGUACUGCUUCAAGCUUAGUGUUUCAUUGUAAAAUAUUCAUGUGAUUAAAUAUUUUAUUGUGAUAUGCUGAAUUGGUAAGAAAAAAAUGAAAAAAAAGAAAAGAAGGAAGAAAUAAAAUCCACCCAUCACCAACAUGA